AUGAGGGAGUUAGCCAGGAUACUUAUUGAACUUAAAAAAAUAAAUCCUGAAAUAAAAUCAUUGUUUGAUGCAUUACAGCCUAAAUAUUUUGAUAAUAUUGUUCAGGCAACACAAAUUGCCUCAGGAUAUAAAUCUUCAAAUGACAGCUUUGAUGCUCCUUCCUAUGCUAUGAAUAUAGUAAAUUCUUUUAAACAAUGCUGUGACAUUGCCAUUAACUUUGUUAUUAAGAAAAAAGCAAACUACGAAUCCAUUACAGCCGCAGAAGCGGAAGCGCAGCUUAGAACAAUGCUCCACUUAUUCACUACGAAUUGGAGAUAUGAGAUAUCCAGUCAAGCAGCCAACAAUUUAAAUCUAAAGAGGUGGAACAAGAUUACAAUUGUCCCUUUAGCAAAUGAUCUCAAAAUCAUGAAAGAUUUUUUGAUAGACUUGUCUAAAAAAGCAGCGGCUGAACUUCAAGUUAAUACCAACAAAGUAUCCGCAUACAAUACCCUACUCGAAACAUCAUAUUGCCAAGUUCUUCUACUGAACCGAAGGCGCCCAGGAGAACUUCAAAGAAUGAAGUUGGAUACAUAUUUAAGUUGUACUAAUGAUAAAAGUACGUAUGAAGAAUUUUCGCUCAUUACCAGCCCAUCUGAACAAAUUUUACUCAAAACUUUCAAGAGAGUUGUGAUACGAGGAAAAAGACAUAGGGGUGUACCUGUGUUAUUCAGUAAAGAUGUACAAUCUAAUAUUAAUUUAUUGAUAAGAGCCAGACCAAAUAUCGUUCCUGAAGAAAAUAUUUUUUUGUUUGGAAAACCAAAUUCUAGGAAUGAGAUAAGUGGAUAUAAAAUCUUAAGAAAAUAUGCCCGAUUAUCAGGAGCCAAAAAUCCUGACGCUAUUUCAUCAACCAGACUAAGGAAACACUUGGCUACAAUAAGUCAAUUAUUUAAUAUGACGGAAGCCGAUAUUGAACAACUUGCAUUAUUCAUGGGUCAUACAGUAGGUGUCCACAGAGGAUCCUAUAGGUUACCAGAUGAUGUUUACCAAACUGCCAAGUUAGCAAAACUUUUAUUGGUUAUGGAAACUGGAAGUGGUGAGUCAUUUAAAGGCAAAAGCCUUGACGAUAUUCAACUAAAUAUGGAUGAAAAUAUAAUGACUGAAACAAACGAACCAGAAGACAAGGAAUACGAAAAUUUCCAAGAAGAUGUAGUGGUAGUAGAAUCUGAGAAAUCGAAACCACAAAAUGUUAAAAAUGCCAUUGUCACGUCAACCACUAAAAAAAGGACGUUAGUCCCAUGGACCGAGGAUCAAAAAGUUUUUGCUAAAAGAUUUUUUGCAAAGAAUAUCAAAAAAAGAAAAGCUCCAAACAGGAGAGAAUGUGAAGAUUUAAUUGAAAAAUAUCCAGACACUUUCAGAAAUAAAAGUUGGUUAAAAAUUAAAGUUUUUAUCCAAAAUCAGUAUUCAAGAAAGCCAUGA